CACCUUCCCACAAUGGCCACACCUCAAUCCACAGUAAUCCUAGGAGCAGGCAUCAUCGGCGUAUCCACUGCCUACUACCUCUCUCAAUCUAUACCAGGCUCUUCUAUCCAUCUCAUCGACCCGUCACCCGAACUUUUCGCUUCUGCUUCUGGUAAAGCAGGAGGAUUUCUCGCUGCCGACUGGUUCGGUCCUGCAUCUGCACCGCUUGGCUUGCUGUCUUUUAAACUUCAUAAGCGACUUGCGGAUGAGUAUGAUGGAGCUGGAAAGUGGGGGUAUGCGAGGAGUACUGGUGCUUCGUUUGCUGAUGGUGGAGAUUUUGUUGACGAGCAAGGUGAGGACGGUGAGUGGUUGGAAAAUGGAAGGAGUAGAGCUGAGGUUGCGGGAACUCAUGAAUUUGUUGAAGGUGAGGGGCCGGCGUGGUUGACGAGGAGGAAGUGUGAUGAGUAUGAUGUUAUCUCUGCGGAUGAGACGGUUGCUCAAGUAGAUCCUCUGCGACUAUCACAAUUUCUACUGGGUGAAUGUAGGAAGAGAGGUGUACAAGUCCAUCAACCAGCAACACCAUCAUCUAUAAUCACGGAUACCAAUAACACAAUCACUGCCAUCAGCAUCAAACAAGAUGAUGGCUCAGAAACACAAAGUAAACUUUCCCUUCGUCAUGUCCUCUACUUUAACCCUCAUGCUAACACAGCAAAAACAGUCCCCUGUACAUCUCUCCUCUUCGCCAGCGGCGCCUGGACCUCAAAAAUCUUUUCCAAACUCUUCCCCUCUUCAUCCCUCAACCUCCCCGUCUCCGCCUUUGCAGGCCACAGCAUCGUCAUCUCCUCUCCCCACUGGACAACCUCACACGAACCCAAUGGCUGCCACGCAAUCUUCAGCACCUCUUCCUCGGGUUUCAGCCCCGAACUCAUCAGUCGCGUAGGCGGAGAAAUCUACAUUGCAGGUCUCAACGACAGUACCAUUCCUUUACCUGCACUAGCCACAGAAGCAAAAAUUGAAGACUCUGCUAUUUCAGAGUUGAAAAAGACGGCGGAGAGGAUGUGUGGGGUUCCUGGUAGAGAGAUUGAGGUUUUGAGGGAGGGAUUGUGCUUUAGACCUAUUACUCCUAGAGGAGAACCUAUCUUGUGUAGGGUUCAUGAGAAGGAGUUGGGAGGUGUGAGUAGUCAGAGUGGUGUUUUUGUGGCUGCUGGGCAUGGUCCUUGGGGUAUCUCGUUGAGUUUGGGGACGGGAUUGGUCAUGAGUGAGAUGAUCAGGGGUGUCAAGACUAGCUGUGAGGUUGGGAGGUUGGGAAUGCAGUAG